UGUUUCGUCGGAAAAGAAGAACAAAGAUUCCUGGGAGGGAGAAUUUAUAUGGCUCCCAGUGCCGCGAGAACUAGACCGCAACAUCCCUAUCGCGAGUGUUCCCAGGGCCUCCAACACAGCUUGUGAUUGGCUUCACGGGGCCCCGUCAGCUCUGCGCGCGCCUGCGCGUCUCCGGGCUCGCGGAGUCGCUAUAAAUGCUGCUCCGCCGCGCGCGCACCUCCUCCGGCUGCAGGUAGGUCGGGCUGUGCGUGUCGCUGGGCGGUGGUCGGGAGGUCGGCGUUGGUUGAAAAUCACCCGCGGCCUUGCCCGUGACCGUGGGUGAGAUUCGGCGCCCAGAGCCACCGGGGGCCUCAGCUCACUGUCCACACGAUGUGGGAGGUGAAACCCAGGCCCCGACACGCGCCGCGGUCCGGGGCCCCGGGUGUUACCGAUCGCGUGCUCUCAUGUCAGGUCCUCACCCCGUUUUCUGCCCGCAGGGCUCCCGGAUGCCCCAAUUGAGGCUGACGCCGCCAGGAUCGUGGCAGUAGGGAGACUUCGCUGUCCUCUUUCUGAUUUAUCUCCUUAAAUUAUGUUGUCUCUCUUAAUUUUUUUAAUAAAGCUGUUGGUCUAAUUCAUGCGCAUGUGGGUGUUUUUGGUCCCCUGCCUGUCAUCCUGGAAAAUGCAACUGUGGACCCUCAGAUCAGUGUGUGCCGUGAAGGAGAGACCCGCGUCGGCCACCUUUUCCUCCUAGACAGCCCUGUUCUGCUUCGGAUGCCACACGGGGGUAGAGCUUAGCGUCUCCAAGGUUGGGGGGUGACUCCUAAGGGCCCACAGAGAGCAGAUAAAGUACCUUGAGCUCGAUGGGAGUCCCGCUGGGCCUGGUAGCCGUUAGCAAGGACAGGAGUGUAAGAUUCACAGUUCAAACAGCGGCCCCCUGGUCACUUCCCACAGGACAGGGUUUGGGUCUUUAUGGUGUGAUGAGUGAACCACUCGGUGGUAUGGAAAUACACUUUUCUGUUCUGUGCUUGACAUGUUGGAACAUGCUGCUCUCUCCGGUUGGAAUUGACUCCCCUACGCCUUUCUCAUAGGCCUGCCCAGAUGGUCCGAGCCUACCUGCUCUGGGAGGUUUUCCCACCUGCUAGCUCUUCCUGUACUGUAUGUAGGUGGCGUGGCAAUCUGGUCCUCAUUUCCCUGGUCUGUAUCCUGGAGCACCUUGGGUCUUAGAUCCUAAAGCCCCUGAGCUCUUGGAGAACUAGCCACCAGGGCAGCACUAUUUUAGGAGGGAGAGGGGAGCCAUCCCUUCAUUCCUGCUGAAGCCUCAGUCUUGGGGAUACUGUCGCUAGGAGUUUGAUUCCUGGCCUAGUGCUCCUUGGGGACCAGCUGUCAGUCACCAUCAAGGCAGGGGCUAUAGGGACCCUACCCCAGGUCUGUGCCCUGGGGAGUUAAGAGCCAGGUGGUGCAGAGUCCCAGUGGGCCCUGGGCCAGGACUGUGAUUGGCCCGCUUUGGGACAAUGCCACUGUGAUGUCAGCCCACUCUCCCUGUGAAAUGUAAGCUCCUCAGCCCCAGGGGUCAGAAGCUGCGGUAUAGACACAUAUCAUGGUGAGUCCAAGACCCUCUUGCCUCUGGCCCUUAUAUUUGUGCCUAAAUCCAGAGACUUGCCCAGAGCUGAACUCCAAUUCUGAGAAAGGGUGGACAAUGGCUUACAAGCUCCCAAAUGGAAUAAGAAAAGCUUUCAGAAGACUCUGGCCAAGAGUAAAUCCAGGCCAAGACCAGCUCCUAAAGCUGGGGAUUAGUAUUCAAAGGUCUUGACCCUCACAGCUGCCCCCUCAAAGUGAGUGCUGACCCACCCCUCCACUCAAGGCUCUCACGUGGCCCACCUCCCUACCCAAAGCUUGCUGGGGUCUCCCUCUUGGCAUAUGGAAUGGGGUGACCAGACUCUGGUCCCUGCCAGCCUCUGAUGCUGGUCUGGCCUUUUCAGAGUGGCGGGUAUGAUCUCAACCUCUUCACCAGCCCUCCCGACAGCAACUUUCUGUGCUCUGUCUGCCAUGGAGUUCUCAAGAAGCCAGUGAGGUUGCCAUGCAGCCACAUCUUCUGCAAGAAGUGCAUUCUCCGGUGGCUAGCCAGACAAAAGACCUGUCCGUGCUGCAGGAAAGAGGUGAAACGGAAAAAGAUGGUCCGUGUGAAUAAACUCCGAAAGACCAUUGGCCACCUGGAAGUUAAGUGCAAGAACGCUGAAGCUGGCUGUUCGGUGACGUGCCCCCUGGCCCAUCGCAAGGGGCACCAGAACUCGUGCCCUUUCGAGCUAAUGGCCUGCCCCAACGAGGGUUGCAUGGUGCAAAUACCGCGUGGGACCUUGGUGGCACACCUGCAGCACUGCCAGCAUGGGACCCAGCAGCACUGCGCCCUGGGCUGUGGUGCAAACCUGGGCCCAACGGAGCAUGGACCCCACAACUGCCACUGUGAGCUGCGGGAAGCCUGGGGCCAGCGCCAGGAUCGCAGCCAGACCCUGGUGCUGUGCCUGCUCCAGCAUGUGCGCAAGGUGCACCGCACCACCAACCUCAUCUGCUGGCAGUUGGCCCAACUAGGGAACUUCCUGGAGAAUGACGCACUGCUCCUAGGGGCACAGCAAGAGGAUGCCCCUGCGCAGCAAGAGGAUGCCCCUGCACCGCUGGAGGAUGCCCCUGCACCGCUGGAGGAUGCCGAGGCCACCCCGGAAGGCAGCAUUGGGACUGAGGUGUGGGGGGUCCAGGACCAAAGUACCUUGUAAAUUGAGGGAUAAAUAAACACGAGCCCUGAACUGGCUUGCUCCCGCCAUCUCUGUGCUUGCAGCCCUCCACCUCUGCAGGCACUACUCCCUUCACCCUGCAAGGACACUUUGGCCUCUCUCCCUCCAUCUCUCCCAAGUUCUUUCCCACCACUGGGUUUUAACACUGGCUCUUUUCCCUGCCCAUAAGCUCUAUCAUUCAUUCUCCUUUGCCUGGCUACU